AUCGCACAUAACAUAGGAGAAUCAUUCAUUUGAGCAGGAAUCUCAGAGCAAUUGGAUAGGCAGAAAAAAGGACCUCUUUAUUACUCAGGAUUAAAAUGUAUAGGCCAGCGCGGGUGUCAUCGGCCUCAAGAUCCCUGAAUCCAUACAUGGUGUGUUUUGUUGUCGCCGCAGCAGUGGUGAUCCUAGCAGUGACUGUAGCUCUACUUGUCUACUUUCUAGCUUUUGAUCAAAAACCUUACUUUUAUCAAAGCAGCUUUCAAAUCCUAAAUGUUCAAUAUAGUGAUGAGUUAAGUUCACCAGUUACACAAAAAUAUAGGACUCUGAGUGGAAGAAUUGAGUCUAUGAUUACUAAAACAUUCAAAGAGUCAAAUUUAAGAAAUCAGUUCGUCAGAGCUCAUGUUGUCAAACUGAGGCAAAGUGGUAGUGAUGUGAUAGCAGAUAUUGUCAUGAAAUUUAAAUUCACCAGAAAUAACAAUGGAGCAUCAAUGAAAAGCAGAAUUGAGUCUGUUUUACAACAAACGCUGAAUGACAAUGGAACGUUGGCAAUGAACCUUUCCACUGAAUUAACACCAUUAAGUGACCAGGAUACAGUAAAUAUGUUAACUCAAGUCUGUGGGACCCGUCCAGACCUAAUAACAUUGUCUGAGGAGAGAAUCAUAGGAGGCACUAAAGCUGAUCGAGGAGACUGGCCCUGGCAAGUCAGUCUACAGCGGGGUAAUCUUCACCGCUGCGGAGCUGUCUUGAUCAGUAGCACAUGGAUCCUGACAGCAGCUCACUGCUUCAGAAGCUACUCUGAUCCUCGUCAAUGGACUGCCACCUUUGGUAUUUCUGCAACAUCUCCUGAACAGAGAAUAGGAGUAAGGAGUAUUUUAAUCCAUAACAAUUAUAAACCUGAAACUCAUGAAAAUGAUAUUGCACUUGUACGACUUGCUAGAGAAGUCACCUUUACCAGAAAUGUACAUAUGGUGUGUCUCCCAGAGGCUACCCAGAAUAUUCCACCUGGUUCCACUGCUUAUGUAACAGGAUGGGGAUCUCGAAGAUAUAGUGGCAGCACAGUUCCAGAUCUAGUACAAGCACGGGUCAAUAUAAUAAGUAAUGAUGUAUGUAACGCACCAGCUGGUUAUAAUGGAGCCGUCUUGCCUGUAAUGCUAUGUGCUGGACUGCCUCAAGGUGGAGUGGAUGCAUGCCAGGGUGACUCUGGUGGCCCAUUAGUACAAGAAGACUCACGGAGGCUUUGGUUCCUCGUCGGGAUAGUAAGCUGGGGGUAUCAGUGUGGUCUGCCAGAUAAGCCAGGAGUGUACACUCGAGUGACAGCCUACCGUGACUGGAUAACUCAACAAACUGGGAUCUAGUGCAAUACAUACAUCUUUGUUGCAGAGUCUGAAUACAGAUGUGCCUGUCUAAAAUUCCAAAACUUUGUAAAAAGAAAGUGUCCUAUUUUGACAUUCUGUUAC